AUGUCUGCUCCAGAAGCUCCAAAGAGAGGUGGUUUUGCCCGUAACAACAGAGGCCGUCAAGGUAGAAGAGGUGGUAGAAGAGAUGGUGAAGAAAAAGGUUGGGUUCCAGUCACCAAGUUAGGUAGAUUAGUGAAAGCUGGUAAAAUCUCAACUAUUGAAGAAAUCUUCUUACAUUCUUUACCAGUCAAGGAAUUCCAAAUCAUUGAUACUUUAUUACCAGAAUUAAAAGAUGAAGUUAUGAAAAUUAAACCAGUCCAAAAACAAACCAGAGCCGGUCAAAGAACUAGAUUCAAAGCUGUUGUUGUUAUUGGUGAUUCUAACGGUCAUGUUGGUUUAGGUAUCAAAACCGCUAAAGAAGUUGCUACUGCUAUCAGAGCUGGUAUCAUCAUUGCCAAAUUAUCAAUCAUCCCAAUCAGAAGAGGUUACUGGGGUUCUAACUUGGGUCAACCACACACUGUCUCAGCUAAAACUACUGGUAAAUCUGGUUCAGUUUCAGUUAGAUUAAUCCCAGCUCCAAGAGGUAAAGGUAUUGUUGCUUCUCCAGCUGUUAAAAAAUUAUUACAAUUAGCCGGUGUUGAAGAUUGUUAUACUUCAUCUUCAGGUUCUACCAGAACUUUAGAAAACACUGUUAAAGCUGCUUUCGUUGCUAUUGCUAACACUUACGGUUUCUUGACUCCUAACUUAUGGAAAGAAGCUGAAUUACCAGCUUCUCCAUUAGAUGUCUACGCUGAUGAAGCUGCUGCUGCCAAAAAAGCUUACUAG